CAAAGAACCACGGGAUGUGGGUGGGAUCGCAUAUUUGGACUUACUUCAGAGAGCUGAAUGCUUUUUCAGGUUACGGUCAAAUGCUAGUGAGGGCAGAAGUUUUGGUCUAACUUUGGAAAUAGACUUGGCUUAAUAACAGGCAGAGCUAAUAGCUUAUCGAAAUAUCAAGUCUUGUUUUACGGGAGGAAGGCGGAGCCACAGAAGACCGGAAAAAGGCGAAGGGGCGGGGCCUACAUGACUCGUGGAUUUGGGGGCGAGGCCAGAGCAAUGACCCUCAAGGUCCCACUUGUGCAGACCGGAGUGGCAGUGAGGGCUUUCUCGGCUUUUCCGCUUCGCUGACCUGACGGGAUGACGGAGGACGCGCUACGUAGGGCCAGCUCCGCCUUAGCCGAGUGUUGGUGUUGGCUAGGGGUUGACUUAUUACCUCUGCCCGAGGACAGUACGACAGAUUGAAGGGGAGCCACGACGUGCACUGCACCUCGAGUGCGACUGUGGAUUCAAUCGUAGGCGUGAACUCCUUAAAUUGGGAAGAUGCUGGUGGUGGAGGUCGCUAAUGGCCGCUCGCUGGUGUGGGGAGCCGAGGCCGUGCAGGCGCUGCGGGAGCGCCUGGGAGUCGGGGGACGCACGGUGGGCGCCCUGCCCCGCGGGCCCCGCCAGAACUCGCGCCUGGGCCUUCCGCUUCUGCUGCUGCCCGAAGAAGCCCGGCUCCUGGCCGAGAUAGGCGCCGUGACCCUAGUCAGCGCCCCGCGCCCGGAUCCCCGCAACCAUGGCUUGGCCCUAGCAUCGUUCAAACGCCAGCAAGAGCAGAGUUUCCAGGAUCAGAACACUUUGGCAGCCGAGGCGCGGGAGACCCGGCGUCAGGAGCUUCUAGAGAAGAUCGUAGAGGGCCAGGCUGCCAAGAAGCAGAAGCUGGAACAGGAUUCAGGGGCAGAUGAGGAAGGCCAAGAAGCCGGUGGAAGUGAAGCUACCCAAGGGAGUAGUGAGACCAGUGAUGAUGGCCAGGCUUCUGCGGAGCAGGAGGGAGCAGAUUCUUCAUCUCCCCAACCAGGACCUUCAAAUGGGGUGACUCCCUUGCCCAGAUCAGCCCUGCUUAUCCAGCUGGCCACUGCCAGGCCUCGGCCUGUAAAAGCUAAGCCUCUGGACUGGCGUGUGCAGUCCAAAGACUGGCCCCAUGCUGGCCGUCCUGCCCACGAGCUGCGCUACAGCAUCUACAGAGACCUGUGGGAGAGAGGUUUCUUCCUCAGCGCUGCAGGGAAGUUUGGUGGUGACUUCCUGGUCUAUCCUGGUGAUCCGCUGCGUUUCCACGCUCACUACAUUGCUCAGUGCUGGUCUGCUGAGGACCCCAUCCCACUUCAGGACCUGGUCUCUGCAGGCCGCCUGGGGACCAGUGUCAGGAAGACCCUGCUUCUCUGCUCCCCUCAGCCUGAUGGGAAGGUGGUCUACACAUCCCUGCAGUGGGCCAGCCUGCAGUGAGCUGGAGACUGACGGGGAUAUGGCUGUGUGUGGCAAGAACCCUCUUUGAUGGUCACCCCAGCUCACCUCUGCACGGAGGCUUGCGCUCUCCUGCUCUGCCUGGUUCGUUCCGAUUCCAGGGUUUUGAACACUACAUCCUUUGUGUUUGUGUUUUGGUUUUGUUUUUCCUGUUUUAAGGCGAUCACUACCUGUGUUAUUCUGUAUCCCUGUUCCCAAACUGAGCUUGUUGAGAAUGGAGACUGCUUUUGUUUGGCUUUUGUGUUUCUUGCAGGGCUUAGGUCCCAGCAGUUCUCAAUAA